AUGAAUAACAAGAAAGUACACUGGUCUCAGUAUGCCGACGAAAUCUCCUUUCUAACCAUUCAAGACACCGUGCCUCUCUCCGAUUCAGUUGAUGAUGAUUAUUUCUCUGAGGAGAGCGCAGAUUUUGAACCCCUGGAGAAGAUGGGAAGAAAGCGGAAUAAGCGCAAUCAGUGUGAGCACUACCACUUCUUUCCAAUGGAUGAGUAUUCAUUACUCAAGUCAUCAAUUUCAGGAAAAUCGGACUGCAACCAUGUCUACGACAGUAAUUACUUCAAAGAGUCCGAUUUUCUUGAAAGGGAGAAGGGUUGUCACCACAACUAUCCACGAGCCAUCAAGGAAGACAUUUGCAAAAUGAGGGGGAGGUGGAGAGAUGGUGAAUAUGGAGAGGAGAAUAGUAUUGAAGAUGAUACGACAUAUUCCAAUUACUCAGAUGAUAAAUCGACCCUCUCACCUAGGAGCUAUGAUGAUAGUUCAGAUAGUUUAGGUUCUCCAAGGAAAUCACACGAUAAUUAUUGGAUAUCUCCACCGAUUGCAUUAUCGAAAAAAAACUCCAAUGUAUCAAGAGGCGACUGUAUCAAAACUGGAAGAUUGAAUUCAGAUCAAAAGUCUGAAGAUCGAUUGAGCAGAAUAUCCUCCGGAGAAAAACGAGGUAUUCAAAAUGUUGACGAAUGUCACUAUGGAGGGGCCAAAUUCCGACCCAGCUCCCAUUCACGAAGGGAUCGAUCGGAUUAUGAAGAAAAGUUGGCAGGAAGGAGGUCGUCUAAAGUUCGUUAUGAAUUUAUUGCGGAGGAUAUGAAGCCCAACCUUCCACAACCUCGUGUUAAGUUAAAUCGAUCCACAUCAGAGAAACCCAACAAAACUCGUUCUGUAGCCAAGCGCUCCUCAAAGGGCUCAAAGAAGUCCAAUUCAGCAUGA